CAAAGAACCUCUUUCUCUCUCCCCCCACCCCUGCCAUCCUUAUUCCCUAAGGUCUUCUGUAGUACUAGGCUCUCACUAGCAACUUGCAACACUGUAACCUUUCCAUCCCUAAUCUUCGAUCGAGUUUUGAUCCUCCCACCCUCAUUUUCUUUUUCCUUAGCCCUUUUUCUCUUUUGCCCCCUCUCCCAAUCCUAUCCCUGUUCCUAGGUUCUACCAAUCACAUCCUUGCACUGUGAUUUAAGGGUAUAUCCUCUUUAGCUCAGAGGAGAGCCCUGCACUCACUGCCAUAUGUUUAUUAGUUAUGAACUGAAUAAGGGAAGGCUUGACUUCCUGGGUCAUGGGAGUGAAGGAGUCUGGGUGACAGGAAGCAAGCGGCCUGUCAUGUCUAUUGCUUAGCUGCCAGAUUAACCUUGUCUUGAAAAUAGCGUGAUUGCCCCAGAGGCAAUUCAGUGUAAGGAAGACAAAAAUUCUUUGGGAACCUACCUAGUGGGUUUUUCUUCCAGACUUGGUAGGCACAAAAAGCAAAGGGGGAACAUGGGCAAAGGAAGAUUUGAUGAAAAAGAAAAUGUGUCCAACUGCAUCCAGUUGAAAACCUCAGUUAUAAAGGGUAUUAAGAACCAGUUGAUAGAACAAUUUCCAGGUAUUGAACCAUGGCUUAAUCAAAUCAUGCCUAAGAAAGAUCCUGUCAAAAUAGUGCGAUGUCAUGAACAUAUAGAAAUCCUUACAGUAAAUGGAGAAUUACUAUUUUUUAGACAAAGAGAAGGGCCUUUUUAUCCAACCCUAAGGUUACUUCACAAAUAUCCUUUUAUCCUGCCACACCAGCAAGUUGAUAAAGGAGCCAUCAAAUUUGUACUCAGUGGAGCAAAUAUCAUGUGUCCAGGCUUAACUUCUCCUGGAGCUAAACUUUACCCUGCUGUAGUAGAUACAAUUGUUGCAAUCAUGGCAGAAGGAAAACAGCAUGCUCUGUGUGUUGGAGUCAUGAAGAUGUCUGCAGAAGAUAUUGAGAAAGUCAACAAAGGAAUUGGCAUUGAAAAUAUUCAUUAUUUGAAUGAUGGGCUGUGGCAUAUGAAGACCUAUAAAUGAGCCUUGGAAGGAAUGCACUUGGCUAAAUACGGAUAUUGUGCUGUAUCUGUGUUUGUGUCUGUGUGUGACAGCAUGAAGACAAUACCUCUGUGGUUAUGCUGAAUAAAUUCAACAGAUCCUAAAAUUCUGUUAGCUUCAAAAAUUAUUUUAAUUUUUCUUAAAGUCAACUUAAAAUUGGGUGGCAAACUUGGACAUUAAGAGGUAUCUGGUAAGUAAUCAAACUCAGAUAACUUGAUGUCCUUUCUUAGGUUAAUGAUGUAAAAUGAAGGGCAGGACUUGGUAAAUGAACUUGAUAGUAUAUGGCUGACCCCCAGAGACUCUGCCUACUUAAUGGGGCUGGAAGAUAGACUGGAAAUUUUCUCCCAUUACUCCCUGAAAAUGCCCUUUCUCUUUUGUGUGUUUUUUGUUUGUUUGCUUGUUGUUUUUCAACUUUUCAUUAUGGAAAAUUCCAGACAUAUAUGAAAGUAUGUGGGGAAUAGUAUAAUGAACCUUUUCUGUAUCCAUCACCCAGCUUCAAUUCAUGGCAAAUCUUACUUCAUCUGUAUCUCAUUACUCUUUCCCACUCCAUUCCCCAAUUAUUUUGAAGCAAAUCCCAGAUAUAUCAUUUUAUCUAAACUUUAAUGUGUAUCUUUACAAGAUAAGUGGUUUAAAAAAAACUAUCAUCACACCUAAACUAUCGUUAUCACACCUCAAAAAUUUAACUGUUUCUUAAUAUGAUCAAAUAUCUUGUUCAAAUAUGUGACAAGUGAACUUGAUUGCCUCUUUAUUUUUUUAACCAUUUGUUUGCUUGAAAUUGGUCCUAGACAAGGUCCAUAUAUUGCAUUUGGUGGUUAUUUGUUUAAGUCUCUUAUGUUAGAAAUUUUCCCUUUGUCUUUUCCCCUUUAAAUUAAUGAUUGAAGAAAUCUGGUUGUUUUGUCUUACAGAGUUUUCUCCUGCAUUCUGGAUUUUGUCAGUUGUAUCACUGUAAAGUCGUUUAAUUUGUUUUUUAUGCCCCCCCUGUGUAACCCAUAAACAGAUAGGCUUGAUGAGAUUCAGGUUGAAUUUAUUUAGUGCCCUGUCCCAAAGCUGGGGAAACUCGUACUACACAGAUGCUCGGAACUUUCAGAUUUGCAUCCCCACUGUAUGCCCCAGAGAACAUGUAUCUCCUAUCAUAAGUGUUCUAUGAAGGCCAUGGACCUAUUUCAAUAAGAACAGUAAACUGUUUUGGGAAUUAAAUGAGAAUUAAAUGGGAAUGUACAUAAUGACAGUGGGUAUUUCUCAAUAACCUUGCUGUUCUAGUGUCUCAGUCAUUUUCAUUUGGUUGUUUACCAAUAUAUGACAUGUGAUUUUAUUUUUCAGAUGGAUACAGACAUUUACAAGACUGUGGUGACCCGUGUUACAGUUAGAAGUUGGUGAGAAAGGUGAGGGUAGUUAGUAAAAAGAGGCCGUUUGGCUUUUGCAGCUUGGCCCCCAAGAUACAACAUAGGUGAAGGUUAUUGAUCUGGGCUCUGACCCUCAGACUGAGACUAAUGACACUUGUAGGACUUGAGGACUCCCACAUUAAAAUGUAAAUGUGUUAGUUUAUAGCGGUAUGUCUGCUUAGGGUACACAAUUUUAAACAAGAAGUUUUCUUUUCUUUCUUUCUUUUUUUUUUUAACCAAGAAGUUUCCUGAUGUACAUGGAUAAGAGUAAAGGAAGGUUGAAAUUUGGAGGAAUAUUUCAUCUGGGCUGGCAUAAGGCUUAGAGAAUUUUUCCUACUUCAUCAUUAAUUAGAAUGCUUAUGUCUGCCACAAUCUUUCUUUCCUAGCCUGUGGAGGAAUCCUGAUAUUUUACUUCCUAUAUCCUUUUUAAGUUCUAUGUAGAAUAUUUUUCUUCGUCAUGACAGUAAUAUUCUACAACUGAGUAUAUUUUUAUAUUUUACUAUUUAUUCCUGAUGGAAAAAAGUGUAAAUAGUGUAUAAAUCAUCUUUAAGGGUGGGUUUCUUCAAUAGUCUCAUUUUAUGCUGACUUACUGGUUUCAAAUUCUGAUGUCUCUCCACUUGAGGGAUGAGGCACCCUAUUUGAGGCCUGUAGCACCUUACAUUCUU